UUCGGUAAGGAAGGGGGAAAGACUGAGCCGAGUGGAAAACAUCAGCUCCGCCCGGGUCGUUCGAGAUCAAACUUUUCUCCGGUUGUUAUCGACCAGCUUCGUCGAGGUGAUUAUCGGUGAUCGUUGUUUAGAGGGAGUCUGCAGGGAGCUUUGGAUUUGCAGAGGAAACAGUUUUAUCCCCAGCUGCUGGUUAGCAGGCCGAGAAGAAAAUACUCCUCCAACUUCCUGGUUCGCCACAGUCAGGAUGUCAGUCACCCCUCGACGUGUCCGCCUGAAGCCCUGGCUGGUCGCUCAGGUGGACAGCGGGCGAUACCCGGGUCUGGUGUGGAUUGACCGUGAGGCCAUGCGCUUCAGGAUUCCAUGGAAACACGCGACACGACACACACCCCAGCACGAGGAUGAGGACACCAUAUUUAAGGCGUGGGCUGUGGAGACGGGGAAGUUCCAGGAGGGAGUCGAUGAACCUGAUCCUGCGAAGUGGAAAGCACAGCUUCGAUGCGCCCUGAACAAAAGCCGAGAAUUCAACCUCAUCUACGAUGGCACCAAAGAGGUCCCCAUGAAUCCUCUGAAGAUAUAUGACGUCUGCGACAUCCCACAGCCACUCAGUAACCAAGGCUCUUCAGACGCUGGUUCUUGGACUCCGCAUGAAGAAGACGGUAUUGAGGAAGAUGUUCCAAAUACACCAGAGUCUCUUCCUCCAUACCCAUCCAAUGGCACCAGCCCCUCUCCUCUGAUCCUGUGGUCUCCUAUGGGCUCAGACUCAUCCAUGCAGCCUCCAAGUUGUCCGCCUUCAAAUGAGGCCUGGCCCAAAGAGGAACCUGUCAAAACCUGGCCCAAAGAGGAGCCUGUGGAUGUGGAGAUGCAUCCCACACCCCUGGCCGACAUGCCGCCUGCUCCUCUGCCUGAUCCCAUCAUGCAGCCCCCUCCUCUACCCGACGCCUUGUUUGCCUCUCCAGAGACGUGGAUUAGUUCCCUCCCGAUGACAGACCUGGAGGUUCAGUUUCAGUACAGAGGGAAGGAAAUGUGCCCCACAGCGACCGUCAGUAACCCGCAGGGCUGCAGGCUGUUCUACGGAGACCUCGGCCCCAUGGUCAACCAGGAAGAGCUGUUUGGGCCGGUGAACCUGGAACAGUUACGCUUCCCGACCACAGAGCACAUCACCAAUGACAAGCAGAGGGUCUUCACUAACCGCCUGCUGGAUGUGAUGGACAGGGGUCUAAUCCUGGAGGUUAGUGGUCACGAUAUCUAUGCAGUCCGCCUCUGCCAGUGUAAGGUGUACUGGUCCGGUCCCUGUGCUCCAAAUCCAGCUGCACCGAAUCUUAUAGAGCGACAGAGGAGGGUCAAACUCUUUUGCCUGGAGUCUUUUCUCAGCGGUGUGAUCGCCCACCAGCGUGGCCAGACACCCACCCCCCCUCACUUUGAAAUCAGCCUGUGUUUUGGAGAGGAGUGGCCUGAUGGUAGGCCCAGAGAGAGGAAGCUUAUCAUGGUUCAGGUCAUUCCCGUGGUGGCCCGUAUGAUAAGCGAGAUGUUUUCUGGAGACAACACGCGAUCCUUUGACAGCGGCAGCGUUCGCCUGCAGAUUUCAAUCCCAGAUAUCAAAGACAACAUAGUGACCCACCUCAAGCAGCUGUACUGCCUGCUACAGACCCACCAGGGCCAGGACGGCUGGGCGUUGCCCCCGGGGUCAGGCCUGAACAUCGUCCAGGCCCUGCAGGCACAGUGAAGCAGCCCACACUGUUAACAUGUGUCUCUGUUCGUUUGACACUUCUACUGAGAGUUAGCUAUUGGUAGCAAAGAAGUACUUAUGUGUAACCUUACUUAGACGUGUGCACCGUAUAGUGUAGGAUUCAUUUGCUUUUCAGCUUUUCUUAUGUAUGACUGUGACGAUGUUUUUCUGCAAAUAGAAGCGUGCUUUAUUCUGCAUUAUGUGUGCAGGAACCAUAGAGACAUGUGGUGCCUGCAUGGGCCAAAGUCCUGCUUGCUGCAAGGGAAUAUUUAACAUAGUUAAUGAGUUACAGAAAUUGCCCUCUGCGUUAUUUAUCUAAAAUGAGUCAGUGCCUACCAAACUUCACCAGAAUUCCUUUUAUCUUUUGACCUUUACAUAUUUUAAAGCAACACGUAUAUCGAGGGGAUUUGUAUAUUUUAGAAAAAUAUAGGAAAAUGUGAAUUAAUCAGUCCAGUGGUUCCCAGCUGUUUGAGACCAUUAUCCUGUGUGCACAUGGAAUUAGGUCUUUCAAAAUGACUGACAGAAAGUCUUCCACGCAGUUUCGUCUUCAGUCAUUUUAUUUUUACAUUUAUAGUGUAGGAUAUUUUUGUAUUCAUAUCUUUGAUUUUAAGCCAUUUACUGUAUCCAGGCAGCCAAACAACAUUCAGCUACAUGGGUCUGUUUAAGUAUGAAUGCCACUGCACUUUGGGGUGCUGAAUUAUGUUUUAUGGCUAGUUGAAUGUAAGUGCAUUCAUCCUGUGAUUGUUUGUUUAUUUUAUCAAUAAAAACACCAAAGCAAC